AUGAUUCCUCGCAAAGUAUUGUGGUACAGCUGUGGUCCUACUGUGUAUGAUGUCGCUCACAUGGGCCAUGCUAGAACCUAUCUGAGUCAGGACAUUAUCAUGCGUAUUCUCCGCGAUUACUUUAACUACGACGUGCAGUUUGUGAUGAACAUUACGGACAUCGAUGACAAGAUCAUCAAGAGAUCGACUGAAGCUGGAAUUCCGUUCACCGAGCUCGCCCGAAAGUACGAGAACGAGUUUAUGGAGGACAUGAAAACGCUGGGUUGCCGCACUGCGAACGUGAUCACCCGCGUCUCCGAAUACGUGGACGAAAUCAUCGAGAUGAUUCAGGGUAUCAUCAACAACGGCUACGCCUACGAAGCGAACGGGAGUGUCUACUUCGACACGACGUCCUUCCAGAAGAACCACGUGUACGGAAAGCUGAGUACUGCCCAUGCUGUCCUUUCUCUCUCUCUAGUUCCGGAGAUGGUUGGCAACGUCAACACGGAAGAAGAGCAAGACUUCGCGUCGGAGAAGCGCCACCCGAACGACUUCGCGCUGUGGAAGGCGAGCAAGCCCGGCGAGCCGAUGUGGAAUUCUCCGUGGGGCGCCGGACGUCCGGGAUGGCACAUCGAGUGCUCCGCGAUGUCGUUCAGCAUUUUCAAGACGAUCAGCGACGGGCGGAUCGACGUGCACUCGGGCGGCGUGGACCUGCGUCUGCCGCACCACACGAACGAAAUGGCGCAGAGCGAGGCGUACAUGGAGUGCUCGCAGUCGGUGAACUACUUCCUGCACACGGGCCACCUGAACAUCGACGGUCUGAAGAUGUCGAAGUCGCUGAAGAACUUCAUCACGAUCCGCCAGACGCUGCAGCAGUUCACGCCGAGCCAGAUCCGCAUCUACUUCCUCCUGCACAAGUGGAACACCACCAUGAACUACUCCGACGGCGCCAUGGAGGAGGCUCGCGCCAAGGAGAAGCUCUUCGCCGAGUUCUUCCACAACGUCAAGGCCACGCUGCGCCAGCUCACCGCCGACCAGCCGCAGCGCUGGGACGACGCCGAGGUCCAGCUCAACGCGCAGCUCGACGCCGCCCGCACCUCCGUCCACACCUGUCUGUGCGACGACUUCGACACGGCCGGCGCGAUGGAGGCGUUGGAAGGCCUCGUCCGCGCCGUGUACCGCUAUCUCGAGACCGCCAAGCACAUCGUCGCUCCGCUCGUUCUCUCCUGCGCCGGCUUCGUCAGCCAGAUGUUCCGCGUCUUCGGACUCAUCGAGCCCGAGCCCAAGAUCGGGUUUGCCGCGGGGGAGGAGGCCGCGGACCGCGAGGCCGUGCUGAGCCCCGUCGUGGAAAUCCUGUCCAAAUUCCGCACGGUAGUGAAGAAGAAUCGGGCCGAUCCGGCCGCUCUGCUGAAGCUCUGCGACGAAAUCCGCGAUGAUAUUCUGCCGUUCGUGGGGAUCCGGUUGGAGGACACGGCGAACGGGACGAUCUGGAAGCUGGAGGCGAAGGAGACGCUGAUCGCGGAGCGAGAGAAGAAGCUGCAGCUGCAGAAGGAGAAGGAAUUGGAGAAGAAGCGAAAGGAGGAAGAGCGAAUGAAGAAGGAAAAAGAGAAGGAGGAGAAGGCCAAGAUCGACCCCAAAACGAUGUUCUUGGGCAUGACGGAGCUGUAUUCGCAGUUCGACGAGCGCGGAAUUCCCACGCACGAUGCGAAGGGAGAGCCGAUCACCAAGAGCGGACUCAAGAAGAUCAUGAAGCUCUACCAGGCGCAGGAAAAGCUCCAUAAUGCUUGGCUGGAGAAGAAUCAGCAGUAA